UUUUUCCCCUCCCUCGUUUGAGACCCUUCCCUGAUUCAGUCCAUUGUCCGGCUCCUGGGAGGCGCCGCCACACACACACACACACAGUGCAGGUCAGUGAAAUUACAACGGCCGAGCCACAGGGAACCAGCGCUCCAGCCUCCUCAACGAACAGGACACAGCAGUCAAAAUUCGCACCCCAUUUUUGAUCUGAAGGAAUCUCGGCCAAAAUGCCUCUGGUCAGGUCACUUUCAGUGACUUCUUUAAACGGCCUCCCAGUCUGGGAGGAUGAAAACUUACCCGUGGAAAAUUUAAUGCUCUUUGAGAUUUCUUGGGAGGUCACUAACAAAGUUGGUGGGAUCUACACUGUAAUACAAACCAAAGCAAAGGUCACGGCAGACGAAUGGGGAGAAAACUACGUGCUGAUCGGCCCCUAUUAUGAGCAUAAUGUGAAGACGCAGGUGGAAGUGUUUGAACCAAGCAACUACGCCAUAAAAAAGACGAUGGACUUCAUGAGGUAUCAAGGAUUUCGGGUUUGCUUUGGCAGAUGGCUGAUUGACGGCAACCCGUAUGUGCUGCUGUUUGACAUUGGUUCUGCGGCAUGGAACCUGGACCGGUGGAAGGGCGAGUUCUGGGAUGCUUGCCAAAUCGGCAUCCCACAUCACGACGGUGAAUCAAACGAUGCUUUAAUCUUCGGAUCCCUGACCGCCUUGUUUUUGAAAGAGCUUGCUGAUCAGUUUGAAGACAAACCAAAAAUCAUCGCCCACUUUCAUGAAUGGCAAGCAGGCGUGGGACUGAUACUGAGCCGAAUACGGCAAUACCCUAUUGCAACAAUCUUCACCACCCACGCCACAUUGCUGGGCAGGUAUCUGUGUGCGGGCAACACUGACUUUUACAACCGGCUAGACAAGUUCGACGUUGACAGGGAAGCAGGGGAAAGGAAGAUCUACCAUCGCUACUGCAUGGAGCGGGCCAGCGCGCACUGUGCCCACGUCUUCACCACCGUGUCCGCCAUCACUGCCGUUGAGGCAGAGAACAUGAUAAAGAAAAAGCCAGAUGUGAUCACACCUAAUGGGUUGAACAUCAAGAAGUUCUCCGCCAUGCACGAGUUUCAGAACCUUCACGCCCUAUACAAGUCUCGCAUCCAAGAGUUUAUUCGGGGACACUUCUACGGACACUUGGAUUUCAAUUUGGAAAAGACACUCUUCUUCUUCAUAGCUGGCAGAUAUGAAUUUACAAAUAAAGGGGCUGACCUUUUCAUAGAAGCGUUGUCAAGGUUAAACUUCCUUCUCCGGGUUCAGAAAUGUGAUGUUACUGUUGUGGUAUUUUUCAUCAUGCCAGCAAAAACCCACAACUUCAAUGUUGAAACGUUGAAGGGACAGGCGGUCAGAAAACAACUUUGGGACACUGCUCAUUUAGUGAAGGAGAAGUUUGGAAAGCGACUUUAUGAAGCAUUGUUGAAAGGGGAAACGCCAGAUAUGACCAAGUUCCUUGAUCGUGAUGACUUGACUGUGAUGAAAAGAGCCAUUUAUGCCACGCAGCGUCAAAGUCUACCUCCUGUGACGACGCACAACAUGCUCGAUGACAGCAAGGACCCGAUCCUCAGCACCAUCAGACGCAUUGGACUGUUCAACAACAGAGCUGACCGAGUUAAGAUUGUUUUUCACCCCGAGUUUCUAUCGUCUACCAGUCCAUUGUUGCCCAUGGACUAUGAGGAGUUUGUCCGGGGUUGUCACCUUGGAGUCUUCCCAUCCUAUUAUGAGCCUUGGGGAUACACUCCUGCGGAGUGUACGGUGAUGGGGAUUCCCAGCGUGACAACCAACCUCUCCGGCUUUGGGUGCUUUAUGCAGGAGCACGUGGCGGACCCUACAUCUUAUGGGAUUUACAUCCUCGACCGGCGUUUCCGAUCCCUCGAAGAGUCGUGUAAUCAGUUGACGCAGUUCAUGUUCGGCUUUUGCAAACAAUCUCGUCGCCAGAGGAUCAUUCAAAGGAAUCGGACAGAGAGGCUUUCGGAACUUCUGGACUGGAGAUACCUAGGCCGGUACUAUAUGCACGCCCGUCAUCUUGCGUUAUGUAGAGCCUUCCCUGAAAAAUUCCAGAUGGAGCCCAUUGCACCUCCUUUGACCGAGGGUUUCCGAUAUCCCCAGCCAGCCUCCGUGCCGCCAUCCCCUUCGGUGUCUUUGCAUUCGAGUCCCCACCAGAGUGACGAUGAGGAGAAUGGCGACGAGCGUUAUAAUGAGGAGGAGGAGGCGGAGAAGGAUCGGAGGAACAUUAAAACGCCAGCUUCCCUGGCCCCCUUCCUCACUGGAAACCAGUCUGAUGCAGAGUACCACAACUGAGCAGGUGCCGAACUUCACCAUGUGAAACGCCGCUUACAAAACCUUGACAAUGGGGAAAACAGAAGCGCAAGCACUAGCAAGUUAAGUCCGUGUAGUCUGGUUAUAUUGUACCCUAGUGCAGCACAUUGUCAAAUUCUCAUCUCAAGGGCAGAAUUGUGCUUUAUACGAGUUUUGAGUGAGUUCAUGUAAACCUUUUUUUUAAAUGUCUGUAAUAAUUAAGGAAGAGUUAUGCCAUUCUUAUUCCUGCUCCAUUAUAUCAAGCAGGUCUGGAAGAACUACAUAUUCUUUCUUGUCGUACCCUUCAGCCUCCAUCCACCUUUCAAUUCUAUUGAAGCAAGUUCCAGUAAUAAGUCUCCGCAGUAGGGAACAAUGAAUUAAAAGCUCCAAACCCCUGCACUGAAAUAUCAAUUCGAAAGGCAAAUCCCAAAGCCUUUUCGAAUCGCCCCUUGAUUUCCAGAACACAUUUGCACCAUGUCCACAAAUAACAUUAGCUAAUUUAUAGAAUGAUAUAAUUAUUACAUGCAAUUAUGUUACACUGCUGAUGUUGUUAUUUCAGAACUUGAGAUGUGGCCAGUCACCAUUAUCACCCAAUGCUUUAAAAUCCAGAGAUAGACCUCCCAAGAAUGGUUGUUUGAAUCAGUAUUUCAAUGCAGGGGUUGGAACUUAUGUCAUUUUCACAUUCAUGGCACCGGUAACUAAAAACAGGUUGUAAUGUUCACACUUCACACUUCUGGGUGCUAAAGUUGCUGAUAAUUGUUUUGGGAUAUACACCAUGUUAGCCCAUUCAUUUCUCCUUUCACUACCAAACCAUUUCCCCCUCCCCCCCCCCCCCCCCCACCCCCACCCCUCCCCCACACAUGAAAUGUUACAUAUUAAUCAUUCGAGCUCUGAUACAAAAGGGAAUUAAAAUUAACUUGUUCAUCACUGUUAUCCACUUGGCAAUCUAUUCUGCAAUGGGUGAAUUUCAGCUUGAAAACAGUGUGAUUAUUGAGAAAAUGCACGACAUUCCUGCACUGUACAAACUAAAUGCUUGCUUUCUUCAAACGAUGUAUUUAUUCACCCCCCACAGGUUGGGCCUUAUCCUGUUGGUUCUAUCUUGGGGUAAAUUUCCCCGCUUUCUCCAUUUCUGUACACUUGUGAUUUUAGAAUAAGCUGUUGUUUCUGUAUUUACGAUUUAAAACUAAUUGAUGCUAUCAAAGGGGACUGAAUAAAGCAGCUAAUCGUCGUACAUCACUAUCUUGUUUCUGGGAUCUAAGUUUGUAACAAAUUGUGUGUGUGUGUGUGGUUUUGUGUACGUACAUGUAGAUCAAAUGAAAGCUGAUUGUGAUAACAAUUCUCCAGUGGAGGAUAGAAGGAGAAAUGUGCCAGGUCUUGAGGUACAUGGACAGAUGGCUUGGUACGAUCCUAGCUUUCUAAAGCCUCAGUCACCAAUGGCAAAAAUUAGAUUACAAACAUGUUUUUACUUUGAGCAGUGUAAUGGGCAAUAAAAGGUGACUAUGAACCAUGUAAUCAGUGCUGCUACUUACUGCCCACAUGCUGUAUCUCAGAAUCUGACUCUAAAAAUCAAAGGGUGAUGUAGUGUGAAUGGGACUAAUGCAGUGAUGGUCGACUCAGACCAGUUUUAAUGGGCACUGAUCUCUCUCUACACCUUUAAUGAUCUAAUCAAAGUAGAAGCAGUCACAAUGAUUGACCCCACAGUUUAAUUUGAGAACUCUUAAAUGUGCCCAAUGCCAUCAUUUCAUUGCGAUCAGCAGUUUCCAUUUUAAUUGUGUGACAAAGUUUGCUGCAUUCUGAAUUUUAUUAGUUAACGUAACUGAUGUGGAAAGUGCCUUAACUGAAAUGAAUGCGUUUUUGUUCCUCUCCACUAAAUCUGAAUUGGCAAGGGACAUGUGCAUCUCCUGUUAAGUUGAACUACGUCAAAUGAUGUCCUGGCCCUUGAUAUUAUCGGUUUGAUUUUUGAUAUCUUUAAAUGUUUGCUUGUCUGGUCAGUGUUACUGUUUGUAGCUGAGUAGCACUGUGCUUCCGCCAAAUGAUGUAUUUUACAAUUUAAAACACCAUUCAGCACAGAACACUGACUCGGUAAAUAGUUUUAUUAUGAUUGAUACUAAUUGGGUGUAAUUGGCAAUUGGUUCAGUGUGCAAUAAAUGUCAUUAAAUAUUUGAACCUGGAUUUAUUAUAUUAAAGAAAAUAUUAACACUUUCCCA